UCGCACUUUGUUGAUUUCACGACUUUUACACGUUCUUCACAGAAUGGUAAGAUUUCUGUGUCUCAGCUGUCUUGCUUCAGAAGUUUGCUCUGUUGCAUUAUGGCCGUCAGGAAUGUAUGGACUACCCAUGCCAAAAAGUGGCUGUCCAGGGGCAAAUGGAUUUCAAUGGCAAACAGGAUACAUCUACCAGGAUCUCGAGGACGAGAAUAGUGCUACUGCUGUCUCGCCGAACUCUCAGCUCAAAGUCUGGGUCUCGGGUGAUGUCGAACAGUAUUUCUGUAUAAAGGACAACAUAACAGCAACAGUCGAAAGAAAUCGACCCCGAUGGCCUGCCGGGGAGUACUGCAUCUAUCAGAAAGGCUCUGAUUGUCCAGAUGGACUGCAGAGUGGUUGGGUGUUUUGGGAUGACGAAGAUGGUGCUGACGGAACAAACAAAAACGCCCAUGCCGGCGUUCUUCCAGAAGGAGUAUUUGAUCACAACACAAAGAUAUUCUUUUGCUGUAGGACCACUGUUGACGGAUAUAAAGAGCCAGUAGAUCUUCCCUUUGCGUCUCCCUUUUACUUGAUGGCGUUUAGACCACAUUGUCAGGAAGUUCUGAACACCAUACAUAAGAUGGAAAACAUUACAUAUGACACAGAAGAUGAUUAUAAUAUGGACGAAAAAUCGUUCCCAUAUCCCUAUGGAGCCGGUUUCCACAUGCCGACAAUAUAUUACUGUUACUAUAGAGAGUGCACGCAGACAAUGACAGCACUGAAUGGCACAUUCCACAGUCCAUACUAUCCACAAAACUAUAGUAACAAGGCCUGGUGCAAGUGGCAUAUUGAAGUCCCUUGGAAUUACACUAUUCUGAUAACUUUUGAUAACGUCAGUUUAGAGUCCGGUUGCUGUUGGUGUGACUUUGUCUACGUGCGGGAAACAAUUAACGGAACAACCGUUCUCAUUGAUCAAGUCUGUGACAUGACAACGCCUCAAUUAAAUUCCACUGGCAACAAUGUUACAGUUAUUUUUCGAUCAGAUGAUACUCUGUCAGGCAAAGGAUUUCGUGCCAGGUACCAAGCUAUAAAGAUUAGGGCAGCCAAAACAACUAUUAGCACAACCCUUGCCUCAACUCAGACAAACAUGGUCAAAGACAAAGUAACUACGACGUCAUCAAGCGUAGAGACCACUCAAGAUAUAUCUUCUACUAGAGGGAGCAAACUCAGCUCUCCAGAUAAAACAGAUCACACCUCCAUGACAAGAGGAGAAGGUUUGUCUGACACAUUGGACGAUGGAAGCGAGUCUGACUCAAAAACCACCCUAAUUGCUGGAUUGACUGCAGCUUUGGUAGUAAUUUGUGCGAUACUCGCAAUAACCUUGUUUUGUUUUCACAAAAAGCGUAGUAGGGAAAAUCAAAACAACCGGAACACACCUGCAGUGAGCUUUCAACCGGACGAGAAAGCAGUCUCCAUUUACGCCACCCUCAGUUCUGGCUGUGAUGAAGAAGAAAAUGAUAAUCGUUACACAUAUGUCAACCCGCCUGGAAUGUAUAAUAACAGCAAUGAAACAGUGAAGGAAAGCGACAACCCAUUGUACGAAAG